AUCUCCAACUCCUCUAUCUCCACCGAAGCCCUUUGUGAAUGUCACUUUCUCUCGAUACGCAAAACUACACGGCGAAAAAGCACCCGCUCUCUCCGCAUGGGACGGUGAUGAACGUGCAGUUGAGGGCUUCCGGUGGCAUUUUCACCUCUCCCAACAAACAAAAGCUUGGUUGAAUGGGAUUCCUACACCACUAUUGGAGCACUGGUCAUUAGACUGUUGGCAUGGAGGCAUGUGGGUUAGUUUUGAACGUUGUUGCGACAUGGAGAUUGCGCCAGACACACCAGGAGCUUACAGGGGAACCAGUCAAGGGGUAGGAUUCAACGCUGCAUGCCAUACCUUCUUCGGAAACGCCAAUACAUACGAACGAUGCUGUAUCUCUGAAUUUAUACUGAUAGAGCGAAAAACGCCUUUGUAUCUCGGCUACCUCGACCGUGUGAAAACACUGAGGGAAGAUCGACGUUACCUGAAGGCAGCAGACUACAAGUGGUUCUACGACACUGCGGAAAACAAGCCACCGGAAAUGUUCGCGAUAAAACAAGAAGCAAGUCUGAAAGAGAUCAUGUUUCCGUACACAGAGAAUGCGGAGGACGCAGUCGCAGCUGUCGGAGCAGAAGGAGGAAAUAACAGUGGCAAUAACAGUAGUACUAGUAGUGAGCUGGUGGAAAAGCCACUAGAAGAUCAAGAAGAUGGAGUUCCAGGACCACCGCCCGAUGAAAGACUCCUGAUGCCUUUCAACCUAGAGGAAGACAAGGUCGUGAACCCUUUUCUCGAACGUCCGCGACAAAUUGGCAUUCCUGCGAAAAUUUUGAUGAAGAAUACUUCUUCGUCUAGUAUGCCUGGUGCCAUCAGCGCACCAGAUACAGAACAAGGUACAACUUCUAGUACCGCUGUUUCCUCUGUUUCCUCCACUCAAGAACAACAUUCCACCAACUCUCUUCUUCUCUUAAAAAAGCUCGUUCUGGGCCAGGAUUUGAGCGUACCUUGGCAAACGCGGUGGCUGGGCGUCGAGAUGGAUCUAAAGGGGAAGAAGCGGCGUUCAGACCAGUCACGUCGACGCUCGACGUACGAUGACUGGGUCGAGAGGAGUUUUCCGAAUUUCUUUGGGAUUAAAGAAGCUACAACGUUCAUUCGUGAACAUAACAUGACGAGGCGGUUGUUGUUAUGGCUCCACCUGGACCUAGUAGAAAAGGAAAAGUUCUUUCAUCUGUACUAAAAAUUGUACUAGGACCGCCUCACACUUAAUAAUACUCAUGUUGAGCUCUCGCAGCUCCGGCGUCCUCUCAUCGUGUUUCUACCAUCUUUCAUCUUACUAACUUGCUCAAGAACUACAUGAACUCCUUCUUCAACAUCUGCCUCUAAUUUGCUUGCUACAAACGCACCUGCAAACAUUACGUGAUGCUUGGGGUAGGUGGGGAGCGGAUCCAGAGUCCAAAAGCCUUAUAGAGCAAUCAGGGAUGCGAACGGCGACACCGAAAGGCUUUUUUCAAACAUCGGCGAUGGUCUACGGGUGGAGAGAUGAAGAAGUAGAUGCAACUCUUGGGAAAAUAAAUCCUCCCUUCGCUCUUGGUAACCAAUCGGACGCAGAAAGAGAAAAGAACACGAACAACCCGAUCAGCAACAGCGGCAUUUUUACUUCAACACAAACAUCCGCGGCCGCGGCGUCCCCUACUUCCACCUCUUCUGUUGACACAACGCCAUCCCAAUCUACUCCACGAGGACCACAGAAAAACUUCGCUUCAACUUCUGUGAAUAGUCGAGCCGAAGAAGAGCUGAACAUUGCAUCUCUGCAAAUGCUGUUAGAUCGCGGAGAAUACAAGGUCGAUCGCAAAAAACAGCGAGGUGGCUGCAUGAAUAGGUUCGGAAAGCCAGUUUGCUGCGACGAGAUAGAACCAGAAGUCGAAGAGACGGCAAGCUGUCUUAACUUAUGUUGAACAGUUCAGACGUUUGCUACAACGAUUGGCCUGAAGAUGGCUGAAUUCAUUGCUGAAUGUGCAUGGGUUCUACAAGAACAUGUUUUAUUAAAAAAAUGUCAACUACUAACUUCCUUUGGUGGUUCUUUACUUCUGUGACCGCCAUCUCCAACUCCAGUCUCUUCAUCUUCUCCAUCUCCACCUCAACCUCGUACUAGUUCUAAUCCUCGAAGACUUCGUACAAGAAGCGGAUGUGGCCAUUGUGACUGGCGUUUUCGGUCCUGGAGACAAGAACGAAUUCACAAAUGGCGCCAUCAAAAUGGGGAAGAGCCUCAACGUGGUUUUGGGACAAGAGGAGGUACAAUAAAUGUGGGAUAAGGAUUGGAGAGCACCAAGUGUGCCACGACAGUAGAUUGGACCUGAUUUUGACUGUGUUACCACCACUUGUCUACUGAGUAUCAUGAACCCAGAAUCUACUUACUUAAGAACAUUCUCUCAACUACACAUCGCACAGGUCCUCCAGCAGCAACGAAACUUCGAUGCACCAGCAGGCUCCUCUAUCAAACGACGCAAGCGUGCUGACUUGGUCAUUCUGGAAAUAAACCAAUUUCCAAUCGCAGACGAGUAUAGGGUGAGACUACGACAAGCCGGAUGGAAAAUUUGUACGGUUGCCUGCGUGAAAAAUCGCAGUUUCAUCCACCAACCCGCGCUGCGUCAUCGUUUCACGUUCACGAAGCUGAAACUUCUGUAUGGCUGCAAUGUUUUUUUAAUUCAGAUCCACUACUGUUUUUUAUUUUUGUUCAGUACUUAAUCCAAUCAAGUUUCUUAUCCAUCAUAGCUCUUCAUCAGGAAUCGAAUUUUAGAAUUAUGAGAUAAAGUCAAAAAUUUAGAUUUUGAAAAUUCAAAAGUUCCAAUGCCACGCUUUCCAGCACCAAUGGACUUUUUCUUUCAUCGUCAGGAAUCGAAUUCAUUUAAAAGAAGAUAAAAUCAAAAAUUCAUAUUUUUGAAAUUUCAAAUUGUAAAUUUUGAAUUUAGGCAAAUUGGAAAUAGUACAAUGGAACAAAAACCUACAGUGUUACUAUCUAUUCAGACUCUUGAAUUAGACUAGCAAGCAUAUCUCUGCUAAUUUGGUAUUUUUUCGUGGAAAAAUAUCCUCCAUGAUAAAUGCUUUUACACAAUUUGCAAGCAUCUCUGUUCAGUGAUCACCCUCUAACUUCCCUCCUUCGUGCAGUACCAGCGUGCGAUGUGGCUCGACAGUGAUGUGCAGAUCGUAGGUCCGAUCGACGAGCUGAUAGACUUCGAUUUUGACGCGCCGGGACGAGACUGCAAGAUGGCCGCGGUGCGCGAUGUCAUGAUAGAUUCACAAAACGCCAAACAACCUGGCAUUGAAAACCGCCAUAACUUCAACGCGGGAUUGAUGAUAGUGGAGCCGUCGUGGCAGCAGUACUGGCAUAUGGUAACGUUAUUAGGCAAUCAGCAUGGCGGUCGACACCCUCCACUGCGCAAGAUGUGGUGGGACGAAGCGCGAAGACGGAAAAUGCUCAAGCACCGACAGAAACUUGAAGCAAGAGAAAGAGAAAACGCCAGCAAGAAAACUGCAGGCGGGAACAAAAGAAGCAUCGUCUAUCCGCCUUUGAGUGCUACAGCUCUAAGUGAGUUGAAUCAAAUAACCAUAGUCCAACGAGAUGUUGCAACAAGGACUAGUGGUAGUAGUCCGAAUUCAGCAGCUGUGGAAACGACGACUAGUACUACAACAGACAAGACUAAGACAUCCGACAAAACAUCCAAGACGCAUCCACCUCCACCUCCAGCUUUGCUGACUUCCGCUUCCCUCACAACCGUACGGUACGAGCGUUAUCUUCUGUCACAUCCUUUUGCGACCACAGUGCCAGACGAUGGCGAAGCGAUUUUUAUGCAGGCGGAGCCACCCAAUACGCUAAGCGCAUCUCCCGUUCAAGGCGGUAUUUUGAAUCCCACUACAGGAAAACGCUAUCCAGUCUUCCAUAAUGCAGCCAUGUUCAUCACUCACCCAAGCGUGAGUGAGAAUGGCGUACUCGAACUGGAAGAAGCUGUUCGAUACCUGCCUGAUCCGACGUUUUCCGAGCAGGGAUUUUGGAACGACAAUUAUCGGCAUCAGUGGUGUCGCCUACCAUGCAAAUACAACGCGAUUUUGCCUUACAUGCUAGUCCCACGUCUCCGCUUCAUUUGGGAACGGUGCAGUAGGGAUGCAAGAAUCGUGCAUUGGGCGUUGUACUAUCAUGAUUUUUAGAAGAUGUUGACCAUGAUGACCUACUUUGAAUGUUGAACAUGACGAUGAAGACGAUCCAAAUCCUUAUAAAGUUGGAAGAUAAGUGGUGUUCAUCCUGGCUCGCAAAUUUUAACCGUAACAAAACAAUUUGAUCACACCACGUCCAGGUUCAAGCCUCACUUUUGUCCGAAGCUGGAGCCUCGAUAUGUCAGUCUGGAUGACAGCACUCUGGUCCCGCCGCCCAUGCCUGUAGUCGUGAAGAAGAAAGUAGAGGAAAUACAGCAUCAAGAAAGUCCGGGACAACAGCAGCUGCCAUUAUCCAGGAAAAAGGAUGCUACAGACAUAGCGGAAGGAGCGACUACAUCGGAUGAACCAGUAGAGCUUUCAAGGCCCUCAAGCAUCGAUGAGCUGAGCGCCGCGAAAAAUCCCGCAGGCUUUAUGUCGCACGAUGGUGAGCAUGUGAACGUUCUACUGGGUCAAAACUCCCGCCAUAUAGCUCCUACAGCAGAAAACAAGAGGUUCUUUUUCGACUUCCUAGAGGGCCAGGACCGGGAAGAGUCAAAGGAGGAGUCAACAUCAAAUACAACAACUAUCAGUAAGAACAAAAUUAUAUCACCAUUCUUUCCCAAGAAUGUGCGAAUAUUUCCAAGACAGUUUCCUAGGGUAGGAUUUUACGACUAUGACCCAGAGUUUUCUCUACGAGGAUACCUCUGGAACCUAGGCAACGCCGGAAUCGAAGCAAGACUCAUACUGCGUCUCUUCUGCUUCUACUAUCACAUUGUUUAGUCCUCCUAUCUAGACGUACUCUACCAGGUCUUGAAGAUUAACAUCAAUAUUAAACUUGAACCUGUAAAACGCUAAACGGUAACAAGAACAUCUAAUCUAUCAUUCGUAACCACGACUCCUCCUUUUUCAACUGUUGAUCAUCAAAAGGAAGAUCUCUUUCGGUUUCACAUCUACUAUCCUGAAGAAAAUGAAUUUGUUCGUACUCCUUCACCGCACCAGCUAGGUAUACAGUUCUUUUUCUUUCACUAAACUGCAAUUGUGUUGAUCGACAGCAUCAUUUUUCGGUUAUAGAAAUCAGUCUGAUCAUUUUCUUAGGAUAAACAUGAAGGAGAACUGAUUGCUGUCGAGCUUUUGAGACUACAGCAUACGGACAACAUCCCUGUACCGAAGAUGAGUAACACCGACCGCGCUUCGGAGUCAGUACCUUUCUCUGAAAAUGUGUUGCUUUUCGCUUUUUUCUGCUACGUGGCAUGUAGAAGACGCAGAGAUCUGACUCUGUCCCUG